AUGAUAGAAGACACCAAAUUGACCGAGGAAAUCCUCAACGCAGAGUUAUUGAACGAGAAUAACGAGCAGACCACUCUUCAGGGAGUACUUGAAAAGCACAGCCACCUCAAUGGAGUGGUGAUCUUCGUGUAUCCCAAGGCAGACACACCAGGCUGCACCGAACAGGCCAAGCUGUUUAAGGAGAAGUAUGAUGAGUUCACUUCCAAUAAUUAUGCGGUGUAUGGCUUGUCCGCCGACUCAGCUGAUGCGCAGCUACAAUGGAAGGAGAAGUUGGAACUGCCCUUCGGACUGCUGUGCGACGUGGAGAAGAAUGUGCUGAACCAAAUGGGCUUCCUGAACGAGGGCGACCGCAUUGCCAGAUCACACGCUGUGAUUAAGAAUGAUUUUGUAGUGUCGUAUUUCAAAAAGGGAGUGAAGGCAAGCAUGUCUGCAGAAAAUGUUUUGAACUUUAUUAUUAAAGGAGAGAAAGAAGAGGACGAUGCUGAGACGGACGCCAAGGCAGAUGGAGAGGAUGACAUGGAAGGAGUGGAUGACGACACGGAAGGUGCAAAUGUUAAUGGAGACAUCAAGGAAGAAGGACAGACGCAAGAAGAAGAAGGAGAUACCAAAGUGGGAGGAACAGAAGGUACUGGAGCAGACAAUAACACUGCUGCAGCGAAGAAAGCCAAAGGUGGUGCAGGAGGAAAUGUAGCAAAGGCCACAAAAAAACCCACCAAGAAAAAAAAUAAUGCAGGAAAUAAAAACAGCCAAGCAGCUAAGAAAGGAACGGCUGUGAAAAAAGAAAUUAAAAAAAAAUCGAAUAACAAAGGACAACAAAAGAAAAAUGCAAAAGUGUCUUCUAAAAAUAAACUUGCAAAAUCCAAAGGAGGAAGCAACAAAAAAGGAGGAAAUGUUAAAAAAGAAAAUAAUAAAAAAGGCAUGAAAAAUAAUAAAAAUGCUAAGGGCAAUGCAGGCAAAAAUAACAAUAAGGGAAAUAAAAAUAUGAACAAAAAAAAUAUGAACAGCAAGGCAAAACAACAAAAAGGAGGAGCUGGAGGAAAAAACGAUAAGAAAGGAAAGGUCAAGGGAAAAGGUGGACAUGCAAAUGCCACUAAAAAGUCCAUGAACAAUAAUAUGAAUAAAGCAGCAGGAAAGAAAAACGUUAAGGGAAAGGUUGUUAACAAAGCAGCAGGCAAGAAAAACGCCGGAGGAGCCAAAAACAAAAAUGCGAAUGCACGCAAAAAUGUGAAAAAUAACAAGGCAGUUAAAAAAAUGAUCAAGAAAAAGUGA